UGUGGUUUCUUCUCGUCCUCCAUUUUCUUCGCCCAUGGGCUCUCUCACAUCGAUGUUGUCGACGCCUUGGUCCACAAGUCAGACCAUGUGCGGUGUCCAACAAAGUCGUUCGGACGCCGCGCAUCCAUUUGCUUUGCCGCGGUCGUUCCCGUAUUCGGGCCAUGACAACACCAGCGCGGUUCCCGUUGCGGGUGUCUUUGCGUCGGAUCCCGUUCAUCGAACAGAAGAGACACGUUCACUAAUCGAAGCAGUGCAACCGGCAUCAUGCACUCCGGUUUCCACCAACCAUGCACGCGAUGUUCUUUCGCUGUCUAAUGAUAGCGAGGCUAGGAUGAGUUUGUCGCCUCGGUCGCCCCGUACGAGGUCCAAUACACCUCGUGAAGGCAAGCCUUGCUGGGUGCGAUGCAGACUCGAUCAGCAAAAUCGACUGGGUGAGAUUGGAAAGGCGAUGAGGAAGGAGUUGUCGACUCGCAUUCGCGGCUCCAAAGAUAAGAAAAAAAAUCAUUGUUCUUACGAGGACGUGUUCGAUCAGCUCCUCGAGUGGAGUUCCGUUCACAUUGAUAAACUGAUGUCAAAGUACGGCCCCGGCGAGCAAUCGUCUGGCCAUGGGGGUUCAUGCGAACAAGGAUCGGAUGCAUCGGCGACACCGAAGCCAAUAGGUGGUAGACCUCGAAGUGACGCUUUGAAAUGGCGCGACGGUAAGCCAGGAUAUUCGGAUAAUGGUCCGAUGUUUGAAAGGUUGACCGUGAGGGACCAAAUGGCCAUGUGGGAUACUAAGGCUAGACCUGAUGUCGUUUUCAUUGAGCCGGUGAAACUUCUACAGAUUCUCGGGAUGUUCGAGCAAACGUGUCCUGAGCACGGGAAAAAAGUGGAGAUGACGAUCACGAAGAUACAUUAUCCAUGCCACAUUUGCAAGUUGCAAUUCGAGUGUGGGAAAGGGUGUACUUGGCACUGGAGUUCCGUGAAGGUUGUUUCACCGGGUGGGGUGAGAAAUUCGAGGGUGAAGACUCAAUUCUUCCACUCCACUUUGACUGCGGGAAUGACUUACACUCAAUUGAAUAACCUCCUGCGGGGCUUAGGGAUGAAGAAGGUUAGGAAAGAAACUUUCUAUAAUUUCUUCUGUGAGGACGGCCCAGGUUCCCGACAGUGGCUGCGACACGUCGAACGGGUUACGCAAAAGAGCUUCGACAAGAUCAUCGCACGAUUGCGCAGGUCGAACGAUCCGCUCGUCGUUUUGGUGGACAGGCGUUACGAUUCGUCUUGUGACGCUCAGCAUUGUACGGUGACGGCAGUGGAUUUGAAGUCAGAAAUGAUCGCGGGGGCGGAGACCAUGCUCCGGGGGAGCGAGUCGUCUUGGAAGUUGGAAACACAGUGUGUGGAGAAACUUCUUCAUCGGUUGAAGGACGAGAAGAACCUCAUAAUCGCAGUGGUUAUGCAUGAUGAUUGUGGCGCGGUUGACGUCAUAUUGCGGCGAAUGAACAUUGAGUCGCAAAAGUGUAUGUGGCAUAAGGCGAAGACUUUGGUCAAAUGCUUGCGAGAGGCUGUGCGCGGCACGAAGACUGUCGAACCAGUUGUGGUCGGGGCUUGCGAGCAUGUGCGCGAGGUGAAGUAUUUCACAAAGAAGGAGCUCGAACUUUGACUCAGAACAAAAUGUGUACGCGAGG